AUGCGGUCCUUGUUUCUCGCCCUUGCGCUGGGCGCACACCUGAUACUUGUUAGCGCAGCCGAUGCAACCGCCUCUGCGGCUGCGGUAAAGAAGGAAGCUGCACCGCCUAAGAUUUCAAAUAUUAUUCCAUCGGCUGGAAGCGCGGAGCUCUAUAACGGGAACGGGGACGUUAGCGCAACAGGGGAGUGCGCUGGAGAUGCUAAAGCGGCUUGCAAGGACGUAAUCGCUGGCGAAGGGCGCUUAGCGAACUGCCUCACCAAGCGAAUACGGGCCCAGCGCCAAGGCAACGUUGUUGGUCGCAAAGUGGUUGAUAAGUGCGUAGAGGCCUUGGCAGCCUUCAAGAUUGACAGGUCAAAGAAGAUCAACAAGGAUGUUCCCCUUGCCAAGGCAUGCAAGGACGAUGUGGACAAGCUAUGUAAGGACGUGAGCGACGACACGGCUCCUGGAUCAGUUAUUAGCUGCCUGUUGGGCAAGAAGGCAAAACUGACAGCGGGCUGCAGUGCUGAAGUUUUCCGAACACAGCAAGAGGUUGCGGAGGACUACCGUUUUGACUACAAGCUGUACACAGCCUGCAAGGAUGACUUCAACAAUCGCUGCAAAGACGUGGAGUCGGGCGAAGAGCUCGAAUGCCUGGCGCAGGAACGGCUCCAUGUAACCUGGGAAUGCCAGGAGCAGAUGGUUCGCAAUGAGAAGGAGACUGGCGAUGAUAUUCGCCUGAGCACACGCCUCUUUAAGAAAUGUUUGACAGAUCAACGGAAAUUCUGCAAGGACGUAGAGCCGGGGCACAUGCGUGUACAGGAGUGCCUCGAAGACCACAUUGACGAGGCUGAUUUUUCGGCGGAGUGCAAGGCGGAGCUGGAAGAGGUCAUUGCUAGCCGUGUGGCAGACUUCCGUUUGGACACGGCUCUUAGGGAGGCUUGUGAGGGUGAUCUGAAAGACACUUGCGACGCGACACUAAAGCAAAUGGACGAGAACCCCAACAGCAAGACUUCAGCGCUUAAUUGCCUCCAGACUCUGCGCGAUGAGCUGAAAAGUGAGAAAUGCAAGGCUGAAAUUCACCGUCGGCUGAAGCGCGCGGCCCGUGAUGUUCGUUUUGACGAGAAGCUGGCCAGCGCUUGCACGGAUGAUCGUGACAAGUUCUGCAGCGACAUUCAGCCGGGCUCGGCGCGCGUCAUCCGAUGCCUGCAGGACAACCGCAACAGCUUGGACCAGAACUGCGCUGCUGCUCUGUUCGACCAUGAGGUUAUGAUGGCUGAAGACAUCGACUUCAAGUUUCCCAUGAAGCGCGCGUGCGCUUGGGAAAUCAGCUCGUUCUGCAAGAAUAUUCCGCACGGGCAUGCACGCAUUGUUAGGUGCCUUGAGGAUCAACUGGACAACACUGAUAUGUCUAAGGAGUGCAAGGAUGAGGUCAUGAAAGACAUGAAUCGUAUGGCGCAGGACUAUCGUCUGAACUGGCGCCUGAACCACGCCUGCGAGUCAGAAAUUCAGAAGCUCUGCCCGAACUCGUGCAGUACUACUCCCGGCGUGACGUGCGGCGGUCUAGUUCUGCAGUGUCUGCAAGAUAAGCAGGAUAAUAUUACUAACGAGGCGUGCCAGGAUGAGGUCUUUUACUACGAGCUCAUGGAGGUUACCGACUUCCGCAAUGACGUUAUCCUUGCUGAAGCAUGCAGGAGCGAUGUCGAAUCGUAUUGCAAGGAUGUCGAGCCAGGCGAGGGCCGCGUUCACCAGUGCUUGCGUUACAACAAGGAGAAGUUGUCGGAACAGUGUCGUAAUGAGGAGAUGAAACUCGCUGCACUGGAGUACCGUGACAUCCGCCUGCGGCCAAAACUUAACAAGCUCUGCUCAGAGGAGAAGGCCGUUUAUUGCAAGGAUGUGAAGCCAGGCAAAGCUCGUGUUAUUAAGUGCCUGAUGGAGAACAUGGCCCAGCCGAACUUCGGGGAGGAGUGCAAAGAGGAGCUGCAGAAGCGUGAGGACAUGAUGAAAUCUGAUUAUCGAUACGACAUUGGUGUCUUCACUAACUGCGAAAGUGACGUCGAGACCUACUGUAAGGAGGCAAAAACCAAGCUCCGUGGCAACGCUACAGUCCUCAAGUGUCUCGUGGAUAACUUUAAGAGCCUUGCGGAGCAGUGCCAGACGGAAAUGUCCCGUGCUGUUCGCCUCGCGUUGUGGGAUUAUAAGCCCGGUGCAGCACUCACGACGACCUGCGAUACUGACGUGGAGGCACAGUGCCCAAGGGGCGCCCGUAGCCGGUCUGGCGCUGUGUUCACCAUCGGCGCCGUGGGGCGGUGCUUAUCGAAGGCGCUGGUGGAGGGCAAGCGGCUUGACAGCAAAUGCCGUGCACUGGUGCUCGUUGCUGCACCAAAGGAUGCUCGUGUUUACUUCGAUCACCCUGAGUCGACAUCAGCUCUGAUGCAAAAAAUUGCUCAGGUCCAGCAAGCUGCUGGUCUUGAGUCUGUCCUGGUGGAUACAGUUAGCAGUACGAUCACCGUCACUGGCUGGGUGGCGUUGGCUUGCAUAAUCUCUCUCAUUAUUGUCUUCAUUGGAGGCGCUGUGAUGCUUUACAAACGCCUAGUGGGCGCUGAGAAGCCGCACACACUGCACAUCAAGUCUGGUGAUGCAUAG